AUGAUUCUUGUGCAUAGGGCCAACUACUUGCAGGCUUUUCAUCUUUCCAGAGGAAUCUUGGCGUUAAGACUCUAUUCAGGUGGCCCAAGAACACAACCGAGAAAGAAGCAUAAGUUAUCGAACAAAUUGAAGGCCAAGCAUAAGGAACAAACAUUCUUCAGAUACGGUAAUUAUGAAGGUUUGAAAAAGAAUUCAUUUGCCACAACCGCCAAAGCUACUAGACUGAUCGAUAAUAUUACAAGUUUCGAAGAGUUGAAGUUACUACCCGUUGUAAGAGACGCUGUAAAAUCUGUUAUAGAAAGUGAGUCACUGUUAAUGCAAAGAACAGGUAAUGGGGUCUCCAAUAUUACCCCUUCACCCAUCCAGAUACUUGCAAUCAAAAGGUUGUCUCACACUUUGAUGGAUCAAAAACAGCAUGUGUUUGCCAUUGCUGCAGAUACAGGUUCUGGGAAGACAAUGGCAUAUUUGGCACCACUAUUGGAUUUUUUGAUUAGACAAAAGAUAGAGAAACCUGAGAUUUGGUCAUCUUCUAUCAGGAGUAAGGCAGGAAUAAGAUCGAUUAUUCUGGUUCCCACUCACGAAUUAAUUGAACAAGUCUACAGCACUGUGUUGAAAGUUGAAGAGAAUUUGAGCCUUCAUACUUUCAAAUGGGACAUACAUACUAAAUAUUCAGAGGUUUUGGAUGCCAUUAAAGACAGAAUUGACAUGCUGGUGACUACACCUUCUAAAUUGCUUACCCUCUUCAAGAUUCGAAUGAUCACUCACCCAGAAAGCUUCUUAUCAAUGGUGCAGUAUGUCGCAGUGGAUGAGGCAGAUACAUUAAUGGAUCAUUCAUGGAUAGCAGAAACAAGACAGGUUAUUAAUAGAUGUCCAAACCUGAGUCAUCUGAUUUUCUGUUCGGCAACAAUCCCUAACGAGUUUAAUAAGACUUUAAGUAAAUUAUAUCCAUCUUUUACUCCAAUAGUAACACCAAGGCUGCACAAACUACCAAAAAAAUUGGACUUUAAAAUUGUUGACUCUACUUUGAAUCCGUUCAAAGGGUCAAAGAUAAAAACGUUGGCCCAGAUACUUUAUGCCGUGGCACACUCAGAGACUGAACCAGGCCUAGAAAAACGUACCAUUGUCUUUGUCAAUAAAAAAUCUGACGUUGAAAAGAUUGUUCAGGUAUUGAAGAGUGAGUACGGUCAUGAGCAUGUCUUUGGUUUAACUGGAUCCGACACAGUGGAGAAAAGACUGGAAACUAUCAGAGAUUUUCUCCAACCUCCCAAGAGACUAGAAGAGCUUCCAGCAUCUGUAGCUAAUGAAUCAACUGAGUUCCAGGAGCCACUACAUAUUCCUGAAUCUAAUAUAACCUUAACGAAGCAUGAACGAGCCAAAGGAAACAAACCAUUUAUCAAAGUGCUCGUAACGACUGAUUUACUGGCCAGAGGAUUGAAUUUUCAGGCUGUAAAAAAUGUGAUCUUAUAUGAUGUGCCGUCAACACCGGUAGAUCUCGUACAUAGAGUCGGUAGAACGGCCAGAAUGAGACAGAAUGGUAGGAUAUUCAUGAUUACUGAUAAAUCUACGAAAUCUUGGGCUAGAGCGCUCCCAAAAAUUGCAAAAAAGAGCAUUACCUUAUCUUAA